GUUUCGGAUGCUUGUCUUCAACGUGUGAAAUAUGAGCGGGUUGGUUAUGAACCAGUGAACUGAGGACACCGGCUACUUUCACAGGAGGAAGACAGUUGUUCAACUAUCUGCUGCUGAGUGAAUAGAACAUUGAGAUUGGUGACGUCACGAUUCCAAAAUGUUCGGGAGUAGUAGCGGGCUGUUUUCCAAUCAACCAAGAGGGUUCCCUCAGGAGGUUCCUCCCUCUCAGAGGUCCAGUUUGUCCAGGCCCAGUGCCAAAUCCAUAUACAUGCAAAGGAAAGAGUAUUCAGAAACAAUGAACAAACAACCGGACAACUUCCAGUACACGGUGGAGCACCUGUUUACACACGAGUUGGACGGCCAAGAGGUGCGUAGCCUGGAUGACUGUGUGGCCAGGCUGCAGAGGCUGGAGGCUAAGGGCCGGGUCUGGGGACAGGAGAUGAUCCUGGAGGUCCAGGGAGGAUGCCUCCAUCUCAUCGACAUUGAGACCAAGGCAGAGCUGGAGUCUGUGCCUCUGGGAUGUGUAGUUCAGACCAAGGCAGUGUUGGACAGCUGUGCCUACAACUCCCUGCUCAUCAUUAUGGUCCAGCAACGCAACAGACGCAUCCCUCAGGUCUUCAUGCUCCAGUGUGAGGAGGUCGGGGCAGAAGCCAUCAGAGAAGACCUGGACAAGGCUGUCCAACACAAUGCUAAUGCUCCUCCUCCUGAACCUCGCAGAGACCGGUACGACAUCAGAAGUAAUCUGGAGAACGUCAUUGGUCAACAGGCGAAUGGGAAAGGCUUCCGGCCCGUUGAUCCUCCUCCUCUGUAUGGCAACAGGAACGACAGGGCGUAUGAGAGCUUCCCUCCCCCUCCAGUCUACAGUCCACAACAGCAGCCGCUGUACAGUCUGGAAAUGUAUAGAGGGUCGCAGCAGUAUGGAGCUAGAGACCAAGCGCCCCCCCAGCCCCAACCUCAAUACACUGACACAGAGAGGAGUGUGGAAGUGUUAAACCAUGUGCUGAAUGACGUGGAGUUGUUCAUGGGGAAAGUAUCAGGUGCCGUUCCUAAUGAAGACAAGAAGAAGAAGAAGAAGAAGAAGAAGAUGAAGAACAGCCCAAAGCAAAAUGCUGACAACUCGCCACAUUGGGAGGAGUUUGUCGCCUGUCUCCAGAAAAUUAAGUAUGGAUUCAACCUUCUGGGAAAGCUGAAUGGAGAGAUCCAGAACCCCAGCGCUCCUGACUUUGUCCAUUUUCUCUUCUCUACUCUGGAUAAGUUGGUGGCCCACUGCCCGCCAGACCUGCCCCCCUCAGUCCUGACCCCCCUGCUAACAGAGCCAGCCCUCACCCUGCUCAGCCAGGUGGUCACCCCAGAGGAAGACCGGCUGUGGAGGGCCCUUGGAGACAGCUGGAACCUCCCCAGGUCCAAAUGGCCAGAUGGUCACAUGAUCCCACCCUACCACCCAGAAUUCUAUGAUGGUUGGCAGCUGCCCAUGCCUGUGCCACCGGCAGCCAAUCAGGGCCUGAGCAGGAGCAACAGCCAGCACUUCCUCCCCAGAGAGGAAAUGAUGCAACAGAUGCCUGAUGAGGGCAGGAGCAACAGCCAUUACAUACAGCGGCCUGAGGAGCCCAUGAUGAAUUCUCCACCACCUUCACAGCCCAUGAUGAACUCGCAGUGGAAUUCUCCACCACCUUCACAGCCCAUGAUGAACUCGCAAUGGAAUUCUCCACCACCUUCACAGCCCAUGAUGAAUUCUCCACCACCUUCACAGCCCAUGAUGAACUCGCAAUGGAAUUCUCCACCACCUUCACAUCCCAUGAUGAACUCGCAGUGGAAUUCUCCACCACCUUCACAGCCCAUGAUGAAUUCUCCACCACCUUCACAGCCCAUGAUGAACUCGCAGUGGAAUUCUCCACCAACUUCACAUGAGCCGGCCCCAGUGAGGAUGCGUGUGAUCUAUGACUUCGUGGCCAGGAACCACCAGGAGCUGAGCAUUAUGAAGGGAGAGGUGGUCCAGGUAGUGGACAAGUCAGGGCAGUGGUGGAGAGUCCGUAAUGAACGUGGUGAGGAAGGUCAUGUUGCCAAGAAUGUUCUGGAGCCACUGGAUGGAGGGGAACCCUGGGAUGAGGGCCAGGAGGUGCGCUCCCCUCCAGCACUCAACAUGCAUUCCAGCCCUGCAGAUGUGAAAGCAUGGCUGGAGUACAAGUCCUUCUCCAAAAUAACUGUUCGUAGCCUGGCCGUGCUGAACGGUGCUCUACUCCUGGGGAUGUCCAGAGAUGAGAUGAGGACGGUGUGUCCAGAGGAGGGAGGAAGAGUGUUCUUUCAGCUGCAGGCUAUCAAGUCCUCCAUAGCUCUUGCCAGUGAAUCCAACGACUACGGCCCUUAUAACGGUCGUUAGAAAUAACCAAAGAGCCCGAGGGAGAAGAAUAACUAUUAAACAUUUCA